GCCCCACACUGCAUAGCAGCAAAACAAAAAGUCAACGGUUUCGAACGGUACUCGCACUCGUCGUCGUCACAGAGUCUCGUCCUCCGCUGCAAACGGAAGAAAUUUGCAAAGUUUCGCAUACGAAUUAAUGAUCUAAAGCCAAACAAAUAUGCCACUGCAGGAACUUGGUUGCUUUGUCAAAUGGUUCUAUCUGGUGCUGAUUGUCCAAACCAUAUUAUGCCUUGGCCACAUCGAGUGUCGUCAGAAUCACAAUCGUCACAACAACAACAACAAUAAUAGAAGAGGCGAUUCGAUCAGCUCGGAGGAGAAUCACAGCCUUGGCGAUGAUGUCGAUAAUAUUGCGGAUAGCGAUAGCAGCAUUGGCGCUGGACACUCCGCAGGCGGAGGCGGAGGUGGAGGUGGAGGUGGCGGAGGCUUCCAUCGACGUUCGGGACGAAGGAGAUCGCAGGGCGGCGGUGGCGGCAAUCGACACAAUCGCAAUGAGGAGAGCAUCUCGCUCUGGAUCAACGAACAGCAGCUCAAGAUGCUAAGCGCGCUCUACUUCCCCCAGGGCUAUUCGGAUCGCAUCUAUGCCAUUCACAAUGGCCGCGUGACGAACGAGAUGCGCGACACGACGUUCUACAAUUAUCUGGUGAUACCAUCGGAGGUGAACUAUGUGAACUUCACAUGGAAGUCGGGCAAACGCAAGUAUUUCUACGAUUUCGAUCGACUGCAGACAAUGGACGAGAGCAUUUUGAAGGCGCCAACGUUGUCGAUCAACAAACGUGGCCGCAUUCCGCAGGAGCAGAAAAAUUUUAGCAUAUUCCUGCCCUGCACCGGAAACAGCUCGGGCACCGCCUCCUUCAAUGUCGGCCUCAAGAUUCAGACCAAAAAGAACAAACCAUUAUCGGGCACACCCAUCCGUCUGAACUUCAAAAAGGAAUGCGCACAUAGAGGUGUGUAUGAUAUAGACGCUUCCAACCCUACUUCACUAACAACUUUGCAAGCUCCCGAUCCAGAAUGCACACUGAAAUGUGGCAAGAAUGGUUACUGCAACGAGGAUCACAUCUGCAAGUGCAACGUCGGUUACACGGGCCAAUACUGUGAGACGGCCUUCUGUUUCCCACAAUGCCUCAACGGCGGCAAUUGCACCGAGCCAUCGAAAUGCACUUGUCCCGAUGGCUAUCAAGGCACACAGUGCGAGGGCGGGAUUUGCAAGGAGAAGUGCUUGAAUGGCGGUAAAUGCAUACAAAAGGACAAAUGCCAAUGCUCAAAAGGAUAUUACGGCCUGCACUGUGAAUACUCCAAGUGCGUGAUACCAUGCAAGAAUGGCGGACGCUGCAUUGGCAACAAUAUGUGCCGCUGCCCGAACGGACUCGACGGCCAUCAUUGCGAAAUCGGACGCAAGCAGCGUUCCACCUGCAAGUGCAGCAACGGUGUCUGCUUGGGCAGCAACAAGGAGUGCAAGUGCCAGGAUGGCUAUCAGGGACGCCACUGUCGACGUCGUAAGUCCCAGCAGAGGAGACACUAUGGUUGAUCUUCUACACUGUCUGUCUCGCUCUCCCCUACAGGCAUUACAAAUCGUUCGCUUUGAGCACUGUUUGUUCUCUUUCGCUGGGCCCACAAUGGACACGCACCAACAUGUCACAUGUAAAAUAACAAAUACAACCACUUAAACAAACAAAAACAAGUUAAACGUAAUCGUAAACGUUUGUUUGGGGCUCCACUUCCAACAACAAU